UUCAGUACCCAACUAAUUUGUUUAUUAAAUAUUUUAGUAUUGCAGGUAACUAUUAUCUUGUUAUAUCUAGGCUGUAUUUUAUUUUUGUCCUAGUUGAAAUCCGUCGCUCUGCUCACUGUCCCGCUCUAUUAAAGGCAAAUACGUCUGUAACAGUUAUACCUGCUGCUACAUUGCAAACACUCAACACAAUCCUUCAUGUAUUGCCAUUGUGGAUUUGCCACUUAAAAAUGUUCUUCAGCAGUUAAAUGCUAAAAUUGUGAAUUAAAAAAAAAUGUUCCAAAUUGUACAGUGUUUAAGACCCAUAGCAAGAAACCAAAUCCAGAUAAAAUAUAAACCACAUAAUUUCACAAAAAUUUCAUCAUUUGCACGCAGGUUUUAUGCCAUCAAUAAAUUUUAUAAAACUACUUCAAUUAUUGAAAAUAGUGACUCUUAUGGAGUAUUACUUGACAGUAGCAAAUUAAAAACACCAUUAGGUAAAGAACUUAUAAUAAAUAAUAAGGCUUUGGCUCUUGCUGUUGCCGAAGAAUGGGAAAUGCAGAAAGAACAUAUUAAAACAGAUCCUAUGCAUUUGACAAAGUUGUGUUUUUUGGCAGUUGACAAUCCUAGCGAUCUUUCAGAGCAUGAAGUGGUACAACAAAUAUUGUCUUAUCUGGAGACUGACACAGUCUUCUUCAUUUCUGAUGCUGAUAACGAGCUAGAAAAAGUAUUGAUGGAAAAAUGGAUGCCACUAAUUCAAAAGUUUAAUGGAUAUUUUGAUACCAAUUUAAAACCAUCCAAAGGUAUUUAUGUUGAAAGUCUUGAUGCACAAACUAAGGCCUUAGUUGAAAAAUAUUUUUUAUCGCUUGGAUUCCCUGCUCUUCAUGGUGUUUUACAUGCUGUUGAAACUUUAAAAUCAUUGGUACUUACUGUAUGUUGCUUGCAUCAAGAUAUUUCUGUAAAAGAUGCUGUUCUAUUAUCUAAAAUGGAAGAAGAAUAUCAAUGCACAAAAUGGGGACGUGUGGAUUGGAUUAAAGAUUAUAUAGACAACGACUCCGUAAUCAGAUUGUCAGCUGCUAUGCUAUUUAUUUAUUAUACACUUAAUCCUAAAUACAAACCAUUAGCCAAGCGGGAUAAUUACACUCAAAUACAACAGUCUUUAAAACAAUAACUAAUAAGUCAUGUAUUAAUAAAUUGUUAAAAAAUAGAGCAUAUUCUUAUGAUUA